AUGGUUUGAACCAUUUGUGAUGCAGUGGCUGAAUGAAAAUGAUGAUGUGUCCAUGGACUAUCUCCACGGUGCCUAUGACAGGGACAGGAAAGAUGGGUUUCAAAAGAGUUCUGAGCAUGCCCUGUUCUCUACCUCAGUUGUGGAUGUAUUCACCCAGCUGAAUCAGUGUUUUGAUGUCAUUAAGAAACUGGAGUGUCCUGAUCCUGAAGUUGUGAAAAAUUACAUGAAAAGAUUUGCCAAGACUGUCAACAAAGUGCUGUUAGCUUAUGCAGAUAUUGUGCGAAGAGAUUUUGAGAAAUACGCAAGUCGACAGAAAGUUGCAUGCAUUUUGAUGAACAACAUUCAACAACUGCGGGUACAGUUGGAGAAAGUGUUUGAGUCUAUGGGCGGCGAGAAGCUAGACCCAGAUGCAGCAAAUAUUCUGAAUGAACUGCAGCAGAAGUUGAAUGGUGUCCUUGAUGAGCUGAGCUCAUUAUUUGCCAAAAGUCUAGAGCCCCAGAUCCAACAGAGCAUGCAAGAACUGGGCACCUUGUUGUUGAAGGUCAAAGGUGGAGGUCAGGUAUCUUUGUCUCAGCCCAGUCAGAGAUCCAGCAUCCAGCAGGAGUCAGACAUGGUGCUCAGACCCUUAAUGGACUUACUUGAUGGCAGCCUCUCCAUGUUUGCCCAAGUCUGUGAGAAAACUGUCCUCAAGAGAUUGCUGAAGGAGCUGUGGAAGAUUGUCAUGCACACUAUGGAGAAGACUGUUGUCCUUCCCCCACUGUCAGAUCCUAGACAGCUGUUGCCUCUCUCUAGCAAUGCCCAGGCCAAGAUAGAGGACAUGUCCCGCAUCCUACUCAACCAUGUCAGUCAGAUGCCUAUGAAUGCUCCCAUGAAGCAGGUCAAGAGCAUUCAGGCCACUUUCUUGGAUAUGUCAAAGGAAGCAGAAAAGAAUCUAAGUCCCAAACAGUGUGCUGUUCUAGACAUGGCCCUGGACACGAUCAAGCAGUACUUCCAUGCAGGUGGACAGGGUCUAAAAAAGGCAUUUUUGGACAAAAGCCCAGAGUUACAGUCCUUGCGAUAUGCCUUAAGUUUGUACACUCAAACAACAGACACUCUCAUUAAGACUUUUGUCAACACACAGACACAGCAAGAAAAACCAGGUCAGGAGGACCCUGUAGGAGAAGUCUCUAUCCAGGUGGACUUCACUACGCACCCUGGUACAGGAGAGCACAGGGUCACGGUCAGAGUGGUUGCUUGUAAUGAUCUGAAGUGGAGAACAACUGGCAUGUUCCGGCCUUUUGUGGAAGUUCAUCUGAUUGGUCCACACUUGAAUGAUAAGAAAAGGAAGUUUGCUACAAAGUCCAAGUCUAAUAAUUGGAGCCCCAAGUACAAUGAGACAUUCCAUUUCAACCUGGGCAAUGAAGAUGAUCCUUACGCAUAUGAACUUCAAUUCUGUGUCAAGGACUACUGCUUUGCAAGAGAGGACCGGCUGAUUGGUAUUGCACUGAUGCAGCUUCGGGACAUCAUUGAGCAAGGCAGCUGUGCAUGCUGGGUGCCUCUAGGCCGUCGGGUGCACCUAGAUGAAACUGGGUUCACAGUCUUAAGAAUCCUCUCACAACGAACAAAUGACGAGGUUGCCAAGGAGUUUGUGAAGCUCAAGUCUGAAUGUAGACAUUUAGAAGAUGUGCAGUCAUGA